AUGGCAAUGGCAAUGGAGAGAAGUUACAAAUGGAAAUCAAUUUACUUUGUGGUACCUAUAAUUGGCACGGUGGUGGUGGGAAUGAGCAGCAAGGCGGAUGGCGCAAUAUCAUGCUCAACGGUGGUGUCUGAUUUAAUUCCUUGUCUUUCCUACAUUUCAGGAAGCUCCGCCCAGCCCACGAAGGGAUGUUGUAAUGGCAUUAAAACUCUCAACACCACCACCAAAACUACAGAUGAUAGGCAAGUCGUGUGCAACUGCAUAAAGUCGGUGGUGUCUUCCUAUAGCAGUUACUUUGAUAAGUCCAGCAAGUUGCCUGGUGUCUGUGGAGUUAAUCUCGGCUUUGCCUGGACACCCUCACUUGAUUGCAGCACAUAA